AUGUCUUUCUACGCCCCUCCAAACCAGCAGCGCACCCUGCGCGCCUGCAUGGUCUGCUCUGUUGUCCAGAUUCACAAUAAAUUCAUGCGUGAAGGCUGCCCGAACUGCGAAAGCACCCUGCAGCUCCGUGGAAAUAACGAUGCUAUUCAGGAGUGCACAUCGCAAGUCUUCGAGGGACUUAUCGCUGUCCGGGACCCUGCUGCAAGCUGGGUCGCUCGGUGGCAGCGACUGGAUAACUACGUGCCGGGGACAUAUGCGACCAAGGUCACAGGGACGCUCCCGGAAUACAUCAUCAACAGUCUAGAGGACUCCGGCAUUAAAUAUGUCCCUCGAGACGGAAGCACUGGCGAAGAAGAUGCAUAG